AUGAACAAAGUAGAAGCGCCAUGCCGACCCGCCGCCUCUCUGAAAUUCACCAUUGACAACAUCCUCAACCUCAAGACCGGCGGGAGGAACUGUGACAGCUGUCAGUCCGCCGGACUGCAGGAUGAACUGGCCACGGCGAUGCGUAAAGACGAUUUCCAGAGUCACCACGAGGAGAAAGCAGCCCAGCAGAGGCAGGAUCCCGUCAGCAGGCUUAGCGAAAGUGAGUUGAUCACCGACUGCAGCGGAGCAACGGAGUCGGUCAUCAUCAGCCGCGGGAGCCAGAGGAAGGCGGCGGAGGCGCGCUUCGAGAGCGGGGACAGCAGCUGCGACGACAGCAGCUCCACCACCGCAGCCACGGAGCUCCACAAAGGAGGGAGCCCAGCGAAAAAAAGCAAAAUGAUCACGAAAAAGAAAACGCGCACGAUUUUUUCCAAGAGACAGAUUUUUCAGUUGGAGUCUACCUUCGACAUGAAACGCUAUCUGAGCAGCGCAGAGCGCGCUUGCCUCGCCAGUUCCCUGCAGCUGACGGAGACCCAGGUGAAAAUAUGGUUUCAGAACCGCAGGAAUAAAUUGAAACGGCAAAUCUCGACUGAAAUCGACGGACCAGUUAGCGAUUUCCCCGAGACUGGAAAGCCGGUGGUGGUGGGGCAGCUCCCGGCCUUGUACAAAGAGAGCAACCUGCUGGGGAGAUGCCUGCUGCCCAUGCCUCUGCCCGUAGUCUACCCGGGGAGUAGCACGCCUUACCUCUGCUUCUCAAACGCCAGCAAGUACUUCAGCCUGUAUGACGGGGACGUAUGAUGGUUUUAAUCAUCCCCUUGCGUGAAAGAGACACUUUUUGGUGGUUUGUUGCCAAGUUUCAAGCAUUUAAGGUGUUUAGAUGGCGGGGCCGGUGCUGCGGCCUUGACUCUUUAUGAGGACUGCAAGUACAAUGGCAGAGGAGUUGGUACAUAUCACAGAAAAAUAAGCGGAUUCGGUAUUAUUUAUUUUCAGUCAAAGUUGUUUUGUAAAGGCUUGACACUAAACCUAUUGUUAAACAGCCGUUUGUAGAAAAUAACAGGCUGCGCUGAUGCUAGCCUGAGGGAGGCCUAAACCAGUAUCAUCUACAACAUGUUAUUGUUUACAUUACGUCAUUAUUAUUAUUAUUAUUCUCAUUAUUAAUGUUAUUAUUAUUACUACCGACAACAGCAUUUCCAGCAGCCUAAGCCACCAAAGAAAUUAUAGCCUAUUUGCAUGCAUUUCCAGUAUCAUAAUGAAUUUUGAAUAACUGAAAUUAUCUAUGUAUUUAAAUGAAUGUAAUUAACAUUUUUUUCUGUUUCACGCAUGUGUUGUUUUUUUUUUCUCUGAGUAUCUUACUAUUCUUACUUUUAUUCCACGUUUGCCUAUAGGCUCAUUACACCUUUUACUGAAACUGUAAUUAAAAUAUCUUCAUUCAAGAAAUA